AAUUAGCUAAACUGAUUUAUAUAUCAAGUUGGCUAGAUCUGGAUUAACACAUCGGGCUGGGUUGGAUUUUUUAACUUUGGGAUGGAUUUCGAGUAUAAGGGUUGAAUUAAGCAACUUAUCUGUUUAGGGACCAAUCGCAUAAAAAAAUUCAACUAAUAAGCCUUGUCUUUAACUCAAAGUUAUCGCUUCUUGCAGCCUCUCUCUCUGAACCCCCUCGCUCGCCUCAGCUUUCGAAGUCGAUUGUAGUUUAAUUCUCUCAAAGCUUUAUAGGAAUGCUGCAGAAAUUAGUGUUGAAAGUUGAUGUCCAUGAUCAGAAAACUAUGACCAAGAUCAUUAAGACAACUUCUAUUCUGGAAGGGGUGGAUUCAGUAUCCGUUGACAGGAAGGCAAAUAAAAUGACGGUGAUAGGGGACGGAAUUGAUCCAGUGGUCAUCAUGUGCCAAUUGAGAAAGUUCUUUCACGCAGAAAUAAUUGCAGUAGGACCAGCAAAAGAGCCUGAAAAGAAAAUAGAACCCAAGAAAGAAGAGCAGAAGCAGCAAGAAGAAGGUCAGAUGAGUAAAGAUGAAGAUCAAGUUAAAAAAGAUGAAAAUGCUUUUGCCUAGUUGAACAAGUCUAACCAGGCCAGUGUUGAUCCCUAUUUAGUUCUUACAGUUCCUGAGGAUGAUUGAAAUGCUUGUGUCCUUGUGUAUUCUGGCAGAUGUCAAAAGAGUUGGUAGAAGUCUGUAGGACAGAAGUUGACAUUGGAUUUAUAUCAUAUUAUUAAUGGAUUCUCUCCCUCAUGUAAAAUAUAUAUAAUUAUUUUUCAUUAAUGCAUAAUUGUUGUGGUUUU